GAGAGAGUCAGAGGGGAGAGGAUCUACAGAGAGGGAGGAGAUAUGAGAGCGAGGGAGGAGAACUCGCGAAGAGAUGAGAACAGCAAGAGGGUGGAGAUAGCUCGAGAGAAGAGUCCGAGGAGAGACUGAGACAGAGACGAUCGUGAGACGGGGCGGCGGGGGGGAAGAGAAAAAGGAGAGACGGAGUAAAGAGAGCGGCAGAUGGGAGAGAGAGUGAGCGUGGAUAGAACGAGGGAGGGGGUAGAGGCUCUGAGAUAGGAGCAGAGGGAGCAGGAGGAAGCGGAGGGUGCGAGACGAGGCGAGGAGGACGAGGCGCGCGAGACUCGAGCAGAGGGAGGAGGAGGGGGACGAGUCUCGUGAAGGAAGAAGAAGAAGAUCGUCCCUCCUGUCCGCGUGGCGCGCGUCGGGGGGAGGGGGGGAGGUGAGGCACCAUGUCCCUCCUGCCGUCGUUCGGCUUCACGCAGGAGCAGGUGGCGUGCGUGUGCGAGGUGCUGCAGCAGGGAGGCAACAUCGAGCGCCUGGGCCGCUUCCUGUGGUCGCUGCCCGCGUGCGAGCACCUGCACAAGAACGAGAGCGUGCUCAAGGCGAAGGCCGUGGUGGCCUUCCACCGGGGCAACUUCCGCGAGCUCUACAAGACGCUGGAGAGCCACCAGUUCUCGCCGCACAACCACCCCAAGCUGCAGCAGCUGUGGCUCAAGGCGCACUACACGGAGGCGGAGAAGCUGCGCGGGAGGCCCCUGGGCGCCGUGGGCAAGUACCGGGUGCGGCGCAAGUUCCCGCUGCCGAGGACCAUCUGGGACGGCGAGGAGACGAGCUACUGCUUCAAGGAGAAGUCGCGGGGCGUGCUGCGCGAGUGGUACGCGCACAACCCGUACCCGUCCCCGCGCGAGAAGCGCGAGCUGGCCGAGGCCACGGGGCUGACCACGACGCAGGUCAGCAACUGGUUCAAGAACCGGCGACAGCGCGACCGCGCCGCGGAGGCCAAGGACAGAGAGAACAGCGAGAACGCGCACCACCACCACUCCAACGCGGGAGGGGGCGCGGGCGGUGGGGGGCCGGGGGGCGGUGGGGGGCUGCUGCUCUCCCCCCUCCACGGGGGCCGCGGCCUGCUGAGCUCGGACGACGACGAGAGGAGUCCGGGCCCCUCCCCCGCGCACUCCACCCCCGACGACACCCCCCCGCCGCCGCGCCUCCUGGGACAUCACCCCGCAGCAGCAGCAGCAUCGGCAGCAGCAGCAGCAGGGCACGGCGAGCACCACCAACAUCAUCACCAUCAGCAGCAGCAGCAUCAGCAUCAUCAUCAGCAUCAUCAUCAGCAGCAGCAGCAGCAUCACGCCAGCGCGUACCAGCAGCAGUACGUGGGGGGCACCCUGAUGCCUCUGCCGACUUUGGCCUCUAACUCUGCGGGGGGCCCUCUGGCCGGGCCGGGCCCCCUACUGCAACAGCAGCAGCAACUGCAGCUGCAGCAGCAGCAGGCGGCACAUGCCCUGCAGGACUCGUCGCUGCUGCAGCCGCUCUCCUCCAGCCUCGUCAACAUCGGGUAGCGAGCUGGGGGCGCGGGGGGCGCUGGGGGAGGGGGCGUGCCCCCCCCUCCUCCUCCCCUGCUCAGUUGGGUGAAACACUGCGGGGAGUGGGGGGGGGGUCCCAGGAACGGGGUCAGGGAAGCGGGGAGACCCGGCCCCGUUGGGGUCAAGACGCCCCGCGUCACUCUGCCCCCCCCACCCCCCUUGCACAAGGGGACCCCCCACCCCGUCCUUCGUCCCCAUACUUCACCACCCCUGGGCCCCAAGGCGCGGCUCGCGCCGACUCAGCUCAGCAAGCAGAGACGUCCUCAGGGGCCACGAACUUCAACCCGAACCUCGCCACAACCUCGCCACAACCUCACCACAACCUCGCCACAACCUCACCACAACCUCACCACAACCUCGCGACAACCUCGCCACAAUCUCGCCACAACCUCGCCACAACCUCGCCACAACCUCACCAAUGGCGCGAGACGCGGCAGGACUCGCAGCCGACGAUGUCACAGCCUCGGGGUUCGAUGUUGCGACGUCUGAUAUGCGAAACCUCCCACGCGUACAGACCCCCCCACCUGCACCCCCAACAUCUCCCCCAGACCCCCACCCCUCCCCCCGCUCGCUUCUUCACUGAACCCUCGCGGCGCCUCGCGAUCAUCCGCGGCUCAGCCCCUCGGCUGGGACCGCGGCAAGGGUCACGGUUCAACACCGGGGCCCGUUCCGGCGUUCCGGCUCCGCGGCAAUAAACGAACUCAAAUCGUGAAACUACAAGCGGAUCGAUUGCGCAACGUGAGCCGCGGCGGGGAGAGGUCACAGAGGUCGAGUCACGG